AUGUUCUUAUUAAAUUCAAUGAGGAAAGAAGUGUCUGUAUCCAAGAAGAAAAGAUACGUCUUAGGCAUGACUGUACGAUCCGCUGCAUAUCCAACUAACAUUACAGAUACUCUAACUAAUAUGGUCUCGGAGUAUGAAAUCAUACUAGAUGAACCUCACAAAAUUUGGAAACCAAAAGAAUUUGUCUCAGGCAAUAUCAUACUGAGGCUAUCAAGAGAUGCUUAUAAUGUAGCAAUCAAGUUCUCGUUGAUAAAUGAAAUCAAUUUGAAAAUGUCAAAAACUACAAGGAUGAUCAGUAAAAGUCAAGAGACUGUAACGGAAAAUUCCGCAUACUUAUAUGGUGAUGAGUCACAUCUGUUAAAUCUUACAAAAGGUGAACAUGUCUUCCCUUUCAAAUUUAAACUCCCCAAGCAUAAAAAAUCAUUCAGUUCCAUUGACUUUAAAAGAGGUUCCAACGAAUACUAUAUAAGAGGGUUCCUGAAAGCAGCAAAUGAUGUCACUAUACAAACGUGCGAAAAGAGAAUAUCUGUACUAGUACCGUUGGAUGUAGAAAAAUACUCAAACGCAAUUAAGAAAACGAUGGUUUUACAAUCAACUUUCUCCAAUGCCUCGAUUGAAGACUCACAUAUUGCAAAUUCACAUAGUAAUGAAAACGCAUCUUCAUUCAUGACAAAAUUAACAAAGAGCUCGUCUGGCUCUAGUUCGACGAAAAAUGAUAACCUUUUCACACUAACAGAUCAGCAACCUGAAAAGAUGGUGAAAGUGUCAGUCAACGUACCACAUUCAGGUUUUAUGGUAGGCGAGCUGAUCCCAGUGAAAGUAGAUAUCAAGCAUUAUAAAGCAUUCAAUCAUUCGGCAGGGUUAAUCGCGACGUUGACAAGAAUAUGUAGAGUGAACGGUAAUUCAAAGGAUAUUCCAGUUGAAACGUUCAGGAAAGACAUAUCCCAAACUACUGCACCAUUAUUCAUAGAUUCAGAGUCGAAAGAAGCUUCGGCUCUGAUGUAUCUUAAGGUUCCAUUAGAUGCAAUUGCCACGUUUACCGCCCUUCCAAACUACUUUACUUUUCAAUAUUAUAUUGAAGUGGUUGUUAAUCUAUCAAAAAAGUUAACGGUCUACACUGCAUCCAAUGAAAUUGUAGGGAAAUACCUAGACAAUUCAUCAUAUACUUCGCACCAAGGGUCGAUUCUAAAGGAAAAUUUUAAUUCGUUGCAAAGAAAUAUAUCAAGAAUAAUGAAGGAUGAUGACGAGUACGUCAAACAUAAUGACAAUGAAAUCGAUGUUUCAUUCAGCGAUUUAAUCAAUGUUGAGAGACUAAAGAGAUCAAAAAAUGUGACAGGAAUGUCCAUUGAAAUAGUAAUUGGUUCCUGCAGAACCGCUAAACCUAUUUCUCCUGUCUCUUCGAUAUCUGAUGAAGGGCAUGUUGAAAUGCCACCAAGCAUCGAAAAUAAUGAAGAAAUAAAUGAUACCGAAAAUUACAAUUCAUUAAACGAAUGGUUAACUGCACCAGGGCACUCGAACGAAGCACUUCCUACUCCUAUCUACACACCUAAUGAAGACAUAAAAGUUAACUCAGAUAAAUUGGAAUUGGAACAAGAUAGAUUGAAAGAACUUGAAAGUGAUCCUCCACUGUUCUAA